UAUGCCCCAUAGGCGUCAAAUGUCGAGAGCAGCAAGAGCAAAGGAAUUUGCCAAGCAUUCGCAAAAAUCUAUUGCCGAUGUUGCCAAGUCACUUGCUGGCAGACGCACUCUCAAGGCAGGAGUUGCCAAUGAAUGUGCAGGUUUAUUGGCGAUUUACCCCGGAUUGCCUACUAGAACACCACCUAAUAUCCAAGCGAUUCUUACCUUAUGCUUGAUUCCAUUUACCGUAUUGGUUCGGUACCUGAUGAUUAAACAAGGAAUCAGCGGUAGAAGAAUGUCUGCAUUAAUUGUUGUUAUAUUUGGUUUGGUUUUGAGUAUGAUACCUAUCUUCGUUCCAAAUUGGAGGAGUCAUACACCCGGUAUAAAUCUAUCGCAAAUUUCCUAUAAUGUUAGUACAAUCGGAUCGAUAUUGUGGCCGUGCGCUUUCGUUUCCGGUUAUGCUUUUCUAGCCUUGGCUACGGUCUAUUGCGAGGAUUCGUUAAAAGCAGGGGAAAGUCCUAUGCUCUAUUUGACAUGGAUGCAUGUUGGUACCUUAUUGGCCGGUCUAGUUUUACUCUGGUUUGAUCUUAUUCCUGGUUUCGGAUUGGUAAGACAAUGUUUUAUAUUUUAG